GUAACCUCUUUUUAUGCACAGUUUACUGAGCUCGCUUCUGUUCUACCCUAGUAUUUGCUGCUUUAUCUGCGCAUUUCAAGAUGGAAAACAAAACGACAUUCACGGAGGGAUUAUUAGGGCUUGUGCAAAAAUGCAACUCAUUCCUCCGUCCAGGUUCUUCUCGCGAUCAAUGUCUGCCAUUUGUCGUCGCCGGGCAGAAAGUCGGACUGGUCAGACCCGACAUAGUAGAGGAACUUCGCAAGUUUCCGUUAGUGUUUUCUAUUAAGGAAUCCUCUGAUGUCGCGGUUCACCUAAUACCGGACUCGUUGACGGUGGCGCAAAGAACUGACGUCGUGGCCGGCGUGCUUGACAAGUUGAGGCAGGAGGACGUAUUAGGUUCUCUACGAGGCUGGAGAGACGAGAAGUUAGACAUCCGGCUGUCACCGAGAGAAAAGCCAAUUAUGCAGAUGGAGAGAGCUGCAACGUGUCUGUUUGGCACUAUUCAAUAUGGCGUACACCUGAAUGCGUACACGUACAAUGAGUCUGGUGAAAUGAUGAUGUGGAUUGGAAGAAGGUCUGAAACCAAGCAGACCUACCCAGGAUUUUUAGACAACAUGUGUGCGGGUGCCCUGCCGUCUGGGCUGGGUGUCACGGAGUGUCUCAUCAAGGAAUGCCAGGAAGAAGCGUCUGUAGAGUUAUCUUACUUUGAGAAGCUCACGUCUGUUGGUACUGUCAGCUAUUGUUUUGAAGACGAGCGUGGCGUGUUUCCCGAGUGUCAGUUUGUCUAUGACCUGGUUGUCCCAGCAGACUUCCAGCCAGUGAAUGCCGACGGUGAAGUCUCUGACUUUCAGUUGGUGUCCAUGCAACAGGUGAAAAAGCUGAUUAUAUCGUCUGAAUUUAAACCAAACUGUGCCCUGGUCAUUUUAGAUUUCAUGAUACGACACGGGUUCAUCACGGCAGAUGAAGAUCCAAACUACACUUAUCUUGUACAACAGAUGCAUGUACCUCUACAGUCAAUUUUUUCGGGUCAUUUAUAACAGUUAAGUGUGUCGCACUGAAAACAAUUUCAUGAAUAGAAGAUCACUCACCAUAAAACUGUGUAUCUUGUGACAUUUACUUCUGGUGUUAAAAUGGAACACGUUAAAUAAAUCAUUUUCCUAUACAU